AUGUCUUCCCGACAUCGUCUCGAUUUGGAUGGGAAACGUGAUAAAGAGCGCGAUCGUCGUCGCCGGUGAGUUUCCUGAAAUUUCAUGAUACUACAAGAUGAUGUUGAAAAUGGCCUCAUUUUUCUCUCAUAAUUUUUUGAGAGUAUUUCAUGAAGGCUGUCCAUUAUUUGAAAAUUAAAGUACGAAAAAAAAAUUGAAACUUUUUGAAAUACCUUUGUCUCAAGUUAGCGAUGAAUAAAAUAUUUCGAUUUUUUACAAAACCUUCGCUGGAAGAACUCAUUUUUCUUUCAGUUCUCGUUCGGGUUCUCCGAAGAGGCGACGAUCAAGGUCUAGGUCUCCCACUAAAAGAGAAGCAUCUCCUCUUCGCAGAACGGCUCAAAUCGGUGCAAUAGGAAACAUGAAGGUUUUUUCCGAAAAUCUUUAAAAUAAUGUUUCUUAAACUUUUUAGCUUCAAAUAAACCCGUUCAAUAAUCAAAGGUACAGCGAGAAAUACUGGAGCAUUUGGGAGAAGAGAAGCCAGCUCCCGGUUUGGGAAUACAAAGAGAGGUUCAUGGAGAUUCUUCAUAAUAAUCAAUGUGAGAAAUCCAGUUUUGUGAGGUUGUUUUAGCGUAAGAUUCAAGGUAUCACGUUGGUCGGUGAAACAGGCUCUGGAAAGACCACGCAAAUACCUCAAUGGUGUGUUGAGUACGUGAAACAGAAUGGAGUGCUCGGACAACGUCGUCUGGUCGCUUGUACGCAGCCGAGAAGGGUGGCCGCUAUGAGUGUUGCUACUCGAGUUGCAGAAGAAAUGGACGUUCAGGUGCUUUUUCUUUCCAAAAGCCAUACGUGGAAAUUGCCAAGUGCCAUAGUAGAUUAAAUUUUUCAAGCCAAGAUAGUUUCGAAAUUCAACAAAAUUUUUCGUUGCGCUGUGAUGCUAAUUAUAAGUGUUAAUAUUUGUAUCGAGUAUCUGAUGAAAAAACAUUUUUCAUAGUUGGGUGCGGAGGUCGGAUACAGCAUCCGUUUUGAAGACUGCAUUAGCGAAAGAACGGUUCUGAAAUAUUGCACAGAUGGUUCGUUUAAGUUUUCUAAAGCAGUCCAAUAUGUUUUUAAGGUAUGUUGUUACGCGAAGCGAUGAAUAAUCCGUUACUGGAUCAGUACGGUGUAUUAAUACUUGACGAGGCUCACGAACGCACCUUGGCCACUGAUAUUUUGAUGGGUUUAAUUAAGGUAGCUUUUGUUCCGACGGACUUCGGAAUUUCGUACUUUUCAGGAAAUCGUACGACAAAGAAAAGACAUCAAAAUUGUGAUUAUGUCUGCAACCCUGGACGCAGGCAAAUUCCAGAAUUAUUUUGAGAACUGUCCUCUUCUUUCCGUUCCUGGUCGUACUUUUCCAGUGGAAAUUUUCGUUAGUUUCAUAAGGAAACUUUUUCACCCGAAUAAUUACAGUUCACCCCGGAGCCAGAGAAAGAUUAUUUGGAAGCGGCCAUUCGUACUGUCAUCCAGAUUCACAUUUGCGAAGAAACAGCAGGCGACAUAUUGUUGUUUUUGACGGGUCAAGAGGUAUGUUUACUUUUGUGAACAGUGGCUUUGGAAAUUAUUUUGGUGAGUUUUUGUGUCUUUAAGAAUCAGCCUACAACGCACUUUGCAAACUAAUUUCAUGAAUUCUUUCUGACUAAAGUCCUUUUUCUUUCUGUAUUUUUUGAAUGUUCGAGUGAACGAUAGUUGGGGUUUCGCUUUAACAGUAUUCGAAAUUUGACACAGUUUUUAAGGAUAAGCAUGUCGAAUAAAAUCAUUUUAAAGCUCUUUUAUUCGAUUAUGAAUGUCUUUUUUUAAAUUUACGCUGCUUUAUUUUCAAGGGGCUAUUGAGAAAAUGAAAAAAAAAAAUUGAUUUCUCGCAAUAGAUCUAGUUUUCGAGUUAUGAAGCUUCAAAGUUUGCACGCUGAAUAAGUGCUGCAAGGCACGAGAGAAUGUGGCUUGCGUAUGAAUCCUCUAUUCCAGUUGGCAGCGUGGUGUAGUAGCUACCGUCCUUGUGCUGCGGUGCCUAUGACCGGGGCUCGAAACGUUUUGAAAAAAUUCGCUUUUUCGAAAAUAUAAUUAAACCCGACUGCUUUCUGUAUUAUUUUCAAAAAGCUAGAGCAGAUUUGUUUCUCUUUCUGUGCGUAGGUUUCGAAUAGAUUCCUUUUAAGUUAUGGACUGGACUGAAACGCUGAUUGAUUUUUUUUUUCCCCCAAAAAGGGACUAUUAAUCAUGUUCAUACGUUGAAGAAAAUUUUUAUCGGUGAACCGAAUCAAUUUGGAAAAAGUAUUUUGUUCGAUGUCGAUAUAUUCCUCCUCACGCAUGUUUGGGACAGUACUACUCGCCGGUGGCCGGUCAAUAUUGCGCCGUCAGUUUUGGAGCCAGGAAAUUUUUCUAAUUUUCUUUCUUUUUUUUUGCAAUUUGUUAAGGAACUAUUUUUCGAGGUUACAAUGUAAGUUACGUCACAAAAAGUACACAAGUUUUCGUUUUAUUACUGAAAAACCUAUCCAAACUACCGUAAUACGACCGGCCACCAUAAACAGGCGUGUCCUAGAGAAGUUUUCGCAAAAGCCGAUUUCUUCAAAAGUUUCGAACCCCCGUAAUAGGCACCGCAGCACAAGGGCAGUAACCACUACACCACGCUGCCAACUGGAGUAGUGGGUUCGUACGCGAGCCACCUUCUCAAACUUUGAAGCUUCAUAACACGAAAACUAGAUCUAUUGCGAGAAAUUUUAUUUGUGUUAUGGAAAGAGGAGGCCUUAUAGUGCAUUUCAGAAAAAUCCAACCGGCCACCAAAACACCCCUUCUUAAAAAACUUUCAAUUUUCGAAAGCAAUAAGAAAAAAGCUUGUAUAUAUCACUUCGCGAACUUGGUGGUAUUGAAAAUAAAAUAGUGUCCGAGCCAUUCUCUCAUGUUGUAAUGUUUUUCUUAUUGGGCUUCUCAAACAAUGAUACCUAUAUUUGUGUGAAGGAAAUCGAAGAAGCGUGUAAGCGGAUCGAUCGAGAGGUCAAAAAUCUUGGUGACGAUGCUGGAAAGUUGAACUGCAUCCCAUUGUACUCCACUCUUCCACCGAACGCCCAACAACGCAUUUUCGAACCGGCUCCUCCGAACGGUCCUACUGGAGCCAUCGGUAGAUUCUUUGCUAAUGCUUAAAUUGUAUAUGUAUUCAGGCAGAAAAUGCGUCGUUUCGACCAAUAUCGCGGAAACCUCGUUGACCAUCGAUGGAGUUGUUUUCGUCAUCGACCCGGGAUUCUCCAAGCAGAAGGUGUACAAUCCGAGGAUCCGCGUCGAAUCUUUACUUGUUUGUCCCAUUUCAAAGGCUUCUGCCAUGCAAAGGGCCGGUCGUGCUGGUCGUACCAAGCCCGGUUAGUCAUUUAGACUCCCUUCCAACUACAAUCUUCCGAUUUAGGAAAGUGUUUCCGGCUUUACACCGAAACCGCCUAUAAGAACGAAAUGCAAGACCAGACGUAUCCUGAAAUUUUAAGGUUUUUUUUUGGCUUCGCGAAGUUGAAUACUUUUUCGAGAGAAAACUAAUUUUUCGGCUUUCUAAAGCAAAUCAAAAAACUAUUCCCUGGCACAAGAAAAAUCGAGAAAGACAAAAAAAAUUAAAUUUUUUUGAACUCAAGGUAGCUGUUGAUUGAAAUGAUUCAGGUAGUUGCAAAAAGUUCUUUAAUGAAAAAGUUGCAACACUCGAAGAAGUUUAAUACAAAGUUUUUAAUUUAAUUUUUGUCGGGCCUUGUACAUAGAAGGUACUUCUCCCAGGUGUCCAUUCCUCUCAACAUCCGAAUAGCUUGUGAAUUAACUUUCACCCGAAAUUUUAGUCAACAUCCAAUCACUAAGUUUUCUUUCUGAAAAAAGAAAAUUAACGCGAUUUGAGAUUAUCCAUUUUGUUUUGAGAUCCAAUCUCGGGUCAGUUGUCCUACAACUGAAGAAGUUGGGAAUCGAAGAUUUGGUUCACUUCGAUUUCAUGGACCCCCCGGCGCCAGAGACGCUGAUGCGAGCCUUGGAGCUUCUCAACUACUUGCAAGCGAUCAAUGACGACGGAGAGCUGACUGAACUUGGCUCGAUAAUGGCCGAAUUCCCUUUGGAUCCUCAACUCGGUUAGAUUCCUAAUCUCUUUUUCUGUAUAUUUUUUUUUGCAGCGAAAAUGCUCAUAACUUCAACCGAAUUGAACUGUUCAAACGAGAUUCUCUCGAUCACCGCCAUGUUAUCAGGUAAAUGAUAUUUUUGAAUAUAUAUUUUUUCAUUUUUUUUUUUCAGUUCCGCAGUGUUUCGUGAGACCGAAUGAAAUGAAAAAAGAGGCAGAUGAGUCGAAAGCGCGCUUCGGACAUGUAGAUGGAGACCAUCUCACACUCCUCAACGUUUACCACGCCUUCAAGCAGAGUAAUUUGAAUAAACUAAUAACUUCAAAUUUUUAGUCACGGUGACGCAGGGACUCUUGAAAAAAAAAAUGAAAGCUUUCUUUGAUAUAAAAAUUAAAGUUGAACAAAAUUUUUCGACAAAGAAAAAGCUACAGCUAAAAACCUAAAAAAAAUUUUGCGGAUCAAAAAAACUUUUCACUUCUUACAGCGGUGAAUAUUGUGGACCUAUUUUUUUUCUUGAAGUUUUCGCAUUUUCAAACAGGAGAGGUUUAAAUUAAGUAAAAUUUUGGAGGAAAUUUUCAAUGAAUUCAUCGCUUUUUUCACCCCGAUAGCGAACUUUUCAAAAGGACCUUAAGAUAUCUCUUUUUGUCUUUACACAAUGAAAAAAAGUCGAUCAUUUCAAUACCUUCCAAUAAAUUUCAUUGGAGAAGAGCUAGAGGCAUAUUUUCAUUCUCUUUUUGUUUUAAGACCACGAAGAUCCCAACUGGUGCUAUCAGAACUUCAUCAAUUACCGCACUAUGAAGACGGCAGACACUGUUAGAACCCAACUGGCAAGAAUUAUGGACAAAGUAUGGCUCAAAUGAAACAAUUUGUUAAUCAGUCUCGCAGAUGAAUCUUCGACGCGUCUCGACGGAUUUUAAGUCGCGAGAUUACUACAUAAACAUCCGCAAAGCCCUUGUCGCUGGUUAUUUCAUGCAUGUAAGUUCUCGGAAUUCCACAAAUGUUGGAUCGGUGGUUACCAGGUUGCGCAUCUGGAGCGCAGCGGUCACUACGUCACAGUGAAAGACAACCAGCUGGUAAACCUCCAUCCAUCCACUGUCCUCGACCACAAGCCUGAGUGGGCUCUCUACAACGAGUUCGUGCUCACCACCAAGAACUUUAUCCGAACUGUCACCGAUGUUCGGCCGGAAUGGUCAGUCAUACAGUCCCUAAAACCCUUAAACAGAAACGAAAACUCUGAUAUUAUCGACUUUUCGGUUUCAGACCCACACUUUCACAAAACACAGUGAAAACCCUAAUAUCAAACUUUGAUCGAACUUUUGACAAUCAGUUAGAGCUUUGGAAGUUUAAGGUUACUAACGAUCGCGCCACAGUACUACGACCUUUCAAACUUCCCUGAUGGCGACGCAAAGCGGAAGCUGUCAAUCACCUGGGAUACGCUGCGACGGCUCGAUAAAUCUAAAGGAUAUUAA